AAGUUUGUUUUUCUAUUGAUGAUCGUCUAAAUGUGAAUGUGAAAUCGACACAAGUAACUUUGUGGGUACUCCGAAUGUUAAGUCGUAUAACUUUACUGUGAGAUAUUGCAAACAAGGAUUUAUAAAAAGAUAUCAUUAUUCCAAAAAUAUUGACUUUGACAUGGCUUUGACAGUAUUGUUCCUUUUUCUUCUUAUUUCGUUGCCGGUUUACCCUUUUUCUAUUGUGGCAAGGCUAUCAAACCAAACGCUUGGAAAUUACAUAACGGAUGCUCAUUAUAAUGUCGUGUUAGACCUGUUUAAUUUAGAAAGACAGGCACGCCUAAAUCUAGAGAAAUACGUUAUUCGGUUAAAUGAGAGGCUUUCGGAAAUGGAAAAGGACUCCGAACGUACUCAAUCGAAACUUAACAACAUUAUGAGCUCUCAAGUUAAACAAGAAUGGAAAGAAGAAGUCACUUUACUCAAAAAUCAAACGGAUGCCAUCAGUGAAACUUGUGGACAACUCUUUAUUGAUUAUAAAAAUCUCAAAAAGGAUUUUAAUAUUAUCAAACAACAGACACAGAAACUUCAGAAUGAAGUCGUUGAUUUGAAAUACUUAAAAUCUGUUGCACAACUUCAAAAUGUUGACACACUAAAUAAUGUGACAAAACGAUUGGAAAAGGAAAUUCAACACACCAAUGAUAAUAUUGAACUACUGGUAUCCGAUUCAAAUACUGCUCACAAAAAGGAUUUCACAGCAUUAGUAAAUAAUGCUGCUCAAAUGAGAAAGGAAACGGCGGAUAUUGAAACUAGACUGUGUAAGCGAUUCAGUGAGCUACAGAAUUCAACUAUCUCGUCAUUGGGUAUUCUAAAUACAGAUGUGAAUCUCAGGAUGCAGAAUUUUAGUACAUUGUUGAAAGAACUAGAAAACAAAGUUGAAAAUAGAUCGGACUUAAAUAUUGCAAGCCAAAGCAAAAGAGUUGCUUUAACAGCAUGUGGAGGUGGAAUUUACAGCAACGGGGACACUGCAAAGUUCAGCCAAAUCAAAGAAAACCAUGGGAUAAACAGUCUUGAUUCGUUUAAGCAAUCUGGGAAAUUUACCUGUGAGGUGGCAGGAAUGUAUUUAUUCUUUGCUAGUUUGAUAUCUGAUUCAAAUGAUGUAUAUUUUAGAUGGUACAAAAAUUCACGGUCACAAAGUGGUGUUUAUAUUUCAGAAAGACCACCUUCAUAUGAAUCUGGAUCAGGCAUGUUGGCAGUUAAAUUGGGUGUAGGCGACACCGUUUCUUUAAAAUGUGAAAGAUCAAAUAUCUUAAUUGAUGGCUUUUCAUGCUUUACAUUUUUCAAAAUGUAUUAAGGAUGUUUGCUACUAUGUUUCAAAAUAACAAGUUUUUGGUGGAAGAAGACUUCAAGACUUCUGAAAGCCUUUACUGCCGGCUAUAAAAUCAUUGAACCGUCACCAGGACGUAUGUCGUAUCCCUUUCUGUGCUUUACAAUUUCAUAACAACUUCCGUGCCAUAUCUUGACACCGAUGUUUACACAUGAUCUAAGCAUCUGCAUCAUUUGAUUUAUUAGUUAGGCUUGAAAAACGAUCACUAGCGUUAGUGUUAUAAUUUCUCAUGUUUUAAUGUAUUAAUAUCAACCAUUUUAUUUAUGUAAAUUAUUAGAUUUCAUCUCAUCUUACAUGAACGUUAUUUGUUUACUUGUAACCGGAUGUCUUUCAAGUAGGGUUUGUAGUACGCAUGCGUGAAUUUGGUAUCGGGUCGGUUCGCCCUGAUUACAUGUUCGCCCUUGGUCCGUUUGCCCUGAGUUCGUCCCCAUAGAGUACGUUCACCCUGGGUUACUUCUCCUUACUUUUAUCAUGGAAGUAUUAUAUUGACUGCUUUUAUCAAGGACGUUUUAUACUUCCUUGCAAUUAUUAAAAAAUAAUAAUAUUAUGGAUAUUAAAGUUUAAUAAACUUAUUCAGAUAUUUAUAUGGUAUAAAUUCUCGAAAUUCAUGAACACACAUGAAAAAAAAUUAAUGAAAAGUUGAUGGCUUGUUUUGGAGCAUUAAUAGGUCAUGAUAAUAAUUCUCACUGAUUGUUGUAAUAAUUGUCUUUGGUAGAUUAAUAAUUGGAAUUAUCGGAAUAAAACAACUGGAUUAUUCGGGUUAAUUUAAACCACGUUGGUUACGUAUCUGCGCAUGUGCACAAAUGGGAAAUUUAAUUGUGCAUCUGAAAGUUUCAAAAUAAUGAUAAACAGAAUUGUCAUAUAUUCAUGCAAUCCAUCUUGAGUUAAAGUCAAGUAUAUACGUGGAGAGUACGACUUCAAAUCAAUGAUGCUUGAACAAAUACACGGAUUUAGCUGUUCCGUCUGCUUUCAGAUCUUUAAUGCAAUCAAUUAAGUCAUAUUCCAGUUUUAGACAACAUGUGUUUUUUAAAACAAAAGUUAGAAUAUCUAAGUAUGUUAUUGUGAUAAUAAAGAGUCAAGCGCACACGUGAAUCUGCUGGUGUUUUACACAUCAAACGAUGCACCGUCUGUUGACAGAAAUAACAAUGUACAAACAAAUGUCUGUUGACGGAUUCCAUUUCGUAAUGACGGAAAUUGCCUUUCCUACCCUCAUACUUUUGUGUAAAAAUAUUAGAUGAAAAACAAAUAUGAUAUAUUGGUCAAGCACUUUAAAUGAACGGGUUUGAAAUGCUAAAUGAGUCAAGCGCACACGUGAUUCUGUCAACUGACGGUGCAUCGUUUGACGUCAACAGUAUUUACAGAUUUUUAUGUUACGUAUAGUGAGUUUUGGUUGAGUUAUGAGUAUUAUUAUUUUUGAAAGAAAAUAAUACGUUGAAAGCAAUAAUGGGCAGGCCUGGGGCCAUUACAUUGCAAUGUAAUGCAUUACAUUACAAUUACUCUCUGAUUCUUCCAUUACAAUUACAAUUACAAUUACAUUUUUUCUCACAUGUAAUGCAUUACAUUACAAUUACUUUGCCUGUGUAAUGCAUUACAUUACACAUUACUUUUUCAAUAUAAAAACUAAAAAUAUUACCGGGGUAUAUGUACAUAUAUAUACAGUGUUAGUGACAUAGACUUCAAAUACUUGAAAAAUAAAUAAAUUAUCAUAUAAUUUUGUUUCUAA